AUGACGACGACGACGAGUGGUGAUGGCGGCGGCGGCGGCGAAAACGUCGCGAAUCAUCCUCCUCCUCAAGAGGCAAUCGUCGAAAGAGCGAACGCGACGACGCUCACCGGGCACGAAGGGCCGGUGUGGCAAGUAUCUUGGGCGCACCCGAAAUUUGGCGCGUUGUUAGCGUCGUGUUCGUUCGAUCACACGGUGAUGAUAUGGAAGGAGACGAGUUCGAACGUUUUUUCAAGAGUGUACGUGACGCCGAAAGGUUUUUUCGACGGGAGCGUGAAUGCGAUUUCGUGGGCACCGCACGAGUUUGGGUGCGCCGUGGCGGCGUGCUCGAGCGACGGGAGCGUAGCGGUUAUUUCGAGUAAUAGUAAUGUGGCGGGAGGAGGGUGGCGAAGCGAGAAGAUUUCGAACGAAGCGCACGCGGUUGGGUGCACCGGGGUGUCGUGGGGACAAAACGACGAGAUUGCGAGUUGCGGGUGCGAUAACUUGUGCAAGAUUUGGACGAGAGGAGGCGCCCAGGAAGGAGGAGGAGGAGGAGAGAGUAGCAAUCAUAACCAACAUCAUCAUCAUAAUCAACAACAACAAUGGCGACUAAAGAAAGAACUUCGAGGUCACUCGGAUUGGGUGAGAGACGUCCAAUGGGCGCCAAACAACGGUGGUUCCAACGUCCAACAAAUCGCUUCCUGCUCGCAAGACGGCAAAGUGUUCAUCUGGACCGAAAGCAACAACAACAGCAGUACGAAUACUGCCAACAAAGACUACCACUCCGUCCUUCUCAACGACUUCAAAACCGCCGUCUGGCGUCUCAGCUGGUCCGUCGUCGGGAACGUCCUCGCCGUUUCCGACGCCAACAACCAAGUGAGCGUGUGGAAAGAAAGCGUCGACGGCGCGUGGACGCAGAUUCAGUCAAAGUAA